GUGGACAUGCCUUUAAAAUGGCGUUGUCAACAAUGAGCACCUAGGUUUCUUAGAUUAAUUGCUGUAUAAACAGUUAUUAUAUUAGUUUUAAAAGUUAAUUUAGUUUAGUUAGAGUUGUAUUAAUUAAAAAUGAACGGUUUGAGUUUUAGUGAGUUGUGUUGUCUGUUUUGUUGUCCACCUUGCCCAAGCAGAAUAGCAGCAAAAUUGGCAUUUUUACCCCCAGAACCAACUUACGAAUUCGUCUCAGACGAGAAUGGAAAGUGUAGUUUUACCCUGACGGAUCGAGCAGAAUGGCAAUACUCAGAAAGAGAAAAAGAAAACGUCGAGGGAUUUUACACUAGAACGAAUCGAGGGAAUAGAAUUGCCUGUUUGUUCGUUAGAUGUAGUAAUACUGCCAGAUUUACUAUAUUGUUUUCCCAUGGAAACGCCGUCGAUCUCGGACAAAUGAGCAGUUUUUACCUAGGAUUAGGCUCAAGAAUUAACUGUAACAUAUUUAGUUAUGAUUACUCCGGUUACGGAGUCAGCGCCGGAAAGCCCUCUGAGAAGAACCUCUACGCCGACAUCGACGCCGCGUGGCAGGCCCUUCGAACUCGGUACGGAAUCAGCCCCGAAAACAUCAUCCUUUACGGCCAAAGUAUCGGCACGGUCCCCACUGUGGACCUAGCAGCUCGAUACGAAGUGGGGGCUGUCAUUUUGCAUUCGCCUCUAAUGUCGGGUAUGAGAGUUGCCUUCCCCAAUACCAAGAGAACCUGGUUUUUUGAUGCCUUUCCCAGUAUUGAUAAAGUUCCCAAAGUCAUGUCGCCAACCUUAGUUAUUCACGGUACUGAAGAUGAAGUUAUAGACUUUUCCCAUGGGCUUACCAUUUUCGAAAAGUGCCCAAGAGCUGUCGAGCCGUUGUGGGUUGAGGGCGCAGGCCACAACGACGUGGAGUUAUAUAAUGUGUACCUGGAAAGACUUAAACAAUUCGUAAAUGUUGAGUUAAUCAACUGACAGCUGCUGGGCACGGACGAUUGCACAUUUAGUUCCGGAACCUCAAGUUCGGUGGAGGAAAAGUUGCUCUAGCCCGGGGCAGCGGACUUGGUGUCCCGCCAGUCCGCUACGCCUCUGUACUGCCCUUCACCACACCUCGCCCUGCGCGCGCUUUCGGGCAUUCUGGCUCGUGCCGAACGCCAGUGCAACAGCGCCCGCAGUUCGCCACAUUCCCGCCAAGUGGCAGUGGCGCCACCGUCGAAAGCGCAUUCUCUGCCAGCUUGCAACAGUGUGCCACCAGUAUGCCUUACUGCAUGCCGCUGUAUGGUUCUCGAAACUACUUGCUAGCACUAGUGUACAUACGAUGUGGACUUUUAUUAAAUAAUCGGACAAUCUUUCAAGUGAUGCAAUAUUAAAUGUAGUACCCAUCAACGUAACUCUCAGUGUAAUUUACAGUGUGGACUCUCAACUAUCGAUCGGUUAUGAUGAUGAUGAAGAUGAUGAUUAAAUUCAAGUGUUUCAUUUGGUGCAUUGGGCUAAUGUUAAUAUUCCUUUACUAUUGAUUUUUAUGUGACUGGAUGCUCGAAUUUUUCAAUAAUAUACAGAUGUCCACCAAACAUACGGAGGAGCGUUACCAACUGUACAAACUCAAUUUUUUUUAAUAUUAAAAAAAUACCCUGUCAGGGCUAGGGCAUAAUUUUCGUCUCUUAAGAUGUUUUAAAGUUGCAUUUUGUCAAACACACUUACGGUUUGAUCUGAGGUGUACAAGUUGUUCAGCUGUUUUGUGGACAUGGUGUAUUUUAUUAUUUGCCUUUUAUGUUCAGUAAAAUAAUACCCAUGAGUGAGUAUAGGUGGGCUAGUUGACAUAUGUGGGGUACUCUACUAGCCCACGAACAUUAUUUUAUUGAAGCAUAAAGUAAUUAAGUAAUUUUUAAUACAUUUUAUUAAUAUGGUAAAUCAUUUUCUAAGUACCAUAUUAGGACUGUUUUAUGUAACAGAUUCAUUACGGGACGUCGAUUUUCGCUUAAAAGGAGCUUUAACUUAUUAAACUAGCACAAGAAUGAAACACAAUUUGAGUCCCGGCUGUUACAUAAAACACUCCAUUAUGUGAAUAUAGGCAAUUUUUUAUAGAGAAAUACAUGCAUUAUUAUGAUUAUUUAAAUUAUUAGUUUUUUUUUGUGAUUUUUUUUUGUGAAAUUGAGUAAUAUUUGAUACAUAUCAUUUUAAAUUAAUUUUGCAUUUACUAUAAACAUAGAACUAUGUAAGAUAACUUUAUUUUUUAAGUUUUGUAUUUGUUCUGUUUAGGAAUCUUCAAAAUUUUACCUGAGUUGUUAAAUUGUCCCCAAACAUCUUUGCAACUUUUCAUUUCCAAAAAAUUUAAAAUAAAUAUAUGAAAACAGUAUUUAUACAUUAUUUUUUGUUUCAUUUAUGUAAUUUACGAACACCUGACUGAACCUCGACUUUAUUUUUCAAUUAAUAUUAUUUACCAGACAAUAACUUGUACUGUUGAAACACUGAACAACCUAUUCAUAAUAAAUAGUUUUAAUUAUUUCUAGACACGUUGGCGGCCAAAGCUCAAAUUAUGUAAAAGGCGACUGACGUGUUAACUGCUGAACCAUGUUUUCUCAUUUUUAUAAACAAAUGGUUAAUAAAAAGAUACCAAUUUGA